AUUAUUUUCACUUAAAUUUUAGAUAUGGAUAACGUGGAUAUUUCUACUUACAAGGAAUUACUAGACGAAACAGAAGCUGAGCUAGAGGAACUAAUCUCUACUACAAACUCAAACAAUGCCAGAUAUGUCAUUGGAGUCAAAGCUAUUGAGGGAAAUGACUUAGAAAUGGUCAAGAAGAAUGUUAAGAAAGGAGUCGCAUGGCUAAGAGAAGCCGCUUCGAAUGAUCAUAUUGAUUCCAUGGAAUACUUGGCGUAUCACGACAUCAGAUUUGAGUCUGUUCCAAACAUUAAGAGAAUUAUGGGAUAUUUAGAAACAGUCAUUGAGAAGAAAGAUAGCACAAGAGCCCUAACUACUCUUGCUGAGUUCUACAUCAACCAGAGAAAGGAGAAGAAGUCUGUUUUAAGAGGGUUUGAGCUCUAUAAGAAAGCAGCUGAUCUCGGAGAUCUUAUUGCUUGCUACUGGGUUGGCGUCCUUCUUCAUAGAGGACAAGGAGCAGACAAAGAUAUAAAGGAGGCAAUUAAAUAUUUGGAAAAGGCUAGCGAAUUAGGUAAUGUCCAAGCUGACUACGAGCUCUUCGAUACUUAUGCUAGAGAGGAAGGAUAUGAAGACCACCCAAAAGCUUAUAACUACUUCUGUGAUGCUAUUGAGAACAGCUAUACAUCUUUCCAAGAGCUUCAAGAUUAUUUUAAGAAAAAUAUUGAUGUGCUUAAAGGUGAAUUUUUGAAAAGGAAACACAAUGAGGAUCUUAAAAUUGACUCUGACGAAGAGAUCUUGAAUCUCCAUGAUGCCUAUAUUACCGAACAUAUGAACAAGUUCUCUAAUGCUAUGAGGAAAGACCAGCUGUACAAGAGAGCUCCAGCUUAUAUGAACGAUGGCCUCAUCUGGAUGAUGAAGGUUUUGAAGAAUUACAUGCUAGACACUGUUUUGAGAUAUGACCACAAAGAUUUCUUGGAUGCUGUCGAGUCUGAUAUUCCUCCAUUGAUUUCGGAGGUAGGAGUCUGGCUUUUUGAGAAUGAGGUAGAGAGACAGAAGGAACUUGGCGAUAAAGAGGCUGUUAAGAAAGCAAGAACAUGUCUCGAAAUCAUCAAGAAGAUUCUGAAAGAUGGCAUUGAAUACUUUACAAAGGAGGGAAAAUACCAUCUGAUGAACAGAUAUAGUCCUAAAAAGUGUAAGGAUGAGCAAAAGAAGAGAGAAGAAGUUCAGUUCAAACCUGAAUACUUCAAACAAUUGGAAAAGAUGGAAGAGGAGUCAAAGACUCAAGCGGAGAGAGAUGCUGCUCUUAAAUGUAGCUAUUGUGGAUGUCCUGAAGGAAGUAUAAAGCAUAAACUCUGUUCUGCUUGCAAGAAAGUCUACUAUUGCAGUGCUGAAUGCCAGAAGCAACACUGGAAGGCUACCCAUAAGAAAGAGUGUAAGUUGUUGAGGAAAAAGUAGACAUUUUUCUAUUGAGUUUAUGAUUAAG